UACCUGUCUGUCAGGGAUCCAUCUCUCAGAGGGAGGAAAGGGCAGCCCUCAGUCUCUUUCACUGUGUUAAUGCUGCCAAGCGGCUACAGUCAGGGAAGUGUGCCUUAAAGACAUGGCUCCUGGCGGCUUCUGACGUAUCUCCUUCCUCUGAGGUUCCUGUAUAAAGAAUCGGACUUCCAGCAAACAUCCCAGAAGCAAGAGCAGCGCUGCCUCUGACUCAGUGUCUGACACAGGGGAUAUCCCCUGGCCUCUGGCGCUAAGUGGGACAGUGAGGAGGGAGAAGAAGCAGAGCAGGGUGCUCUCAGCUGUACUGGGAGGGGGAGACAGUUGUCUGAGCUGAGGCGGGUGGGGGGCAGAGAGAAGUGUGUGACCCAGAUCGGCCGAGCACCUGCAGUCGGUGCAACGUGUGAUUGUGGAACCGGCGCUGUCGCUUCUGCAGCCUGAGCUCGAGAUCCCUCACCUCAUUAUUAUCAUUAUUAUUAUGCACACGUUGUUUCAUCAGCCAAGGACACCAUCCAAAACCGAGGAGCUACAAUAAGAUUUUGGAUAAAGUGUAAGAAGCAGUCAUUGCCUUGGGACCCUUACUUCAUUGCUUCUCGCUCACCCCUGAGCCAUCAUGUGCCGCCACUACUCGCCCAGCUUGUCUCUGCUGCUGCUGCUCCUGCUGCGAGGGCUCCUGUGCGCUACAGGUGACUAUCAGGGGCACAAUCGUUUACCUAGACCUGUAAUCAGCCCACGGAGAGACCAUGUUCAGAUCAACAAAGGAGAAUCUUUCACAUUUACCUGCAGGGGAUCUGGCAAGCUGAAAUGGGAUUUGGCAGAAAUGUCCCAUUUAUCUAACAGCAGGUUCAGCAUAUUGCCACAGUGUCGCGGGCCUGAUAAGGAGCAGCGUACGUGCAGUCAGUUAACAAUCUCAAACGCCAACCCCAAUGACACAGGGUCCAUCAGUUGUCAGUACAGGGGAAGUAGCAACCAAAAGCGCAUUGCCAAGAUCUACUUAUUUGUCAAAGAUGAUGCCCAGCCUUUUCUUGAAGUGCACACGGAAAAUCCAGAAGUGAUCACAUAUGCAACCGGAGAAGACCUAAUAAUACCAUGCCGUGUCACCUCUCCAGACUACAGUGUCAGCCUAAGAGAGUUCUUCUCAAAGAAGGAGGUGAACAUCGCAGAAAUGAAGUGGGACCCACAGAGAGGUUUCAAUAUUUCCAACCCGUCUCCUUCGGUUAAUGAAAUAUUGGAAUGUUUUACAACGGUGAAUGGAAACAAGUUCUCUUCUUUGUACAUGCCCCAGAAAGAGGAUUAUAAUGUCACUAUUACUACUGUGACAGCAAGUGCAACCAGAUUGCUGGUGGGGGAACCACUGACACUUUUCUGCAAAGGAGAAACUGGAUACAAUUCAAGGGUACUUUUGGACUGGGUACAUGGCAAAACGGUAUUAAAAUCCAAUUCAACCUUCAGUAAAGAAAAAUUUCCUUUUGUUGGAACAAGAACAGUGAACAUCACACAUGUUUCAUUGCAUGACCAGGGGGUCUACACCUGCCAAGAUAAAAUAUAUAAACAAAACUCCAAAAAAAUUCACAUUAGAGUUUAUGAGAAGGGAUUCUUGAACAUAAGCACUCCAGAUGGGCAAAUAUAUCCAGUGAACGGAGUUACUAAACAAGUUACGCUGACUGCCGAGGUAGACGCAUUGCCAAAGCCUGUUAUUACUUGGUACAAGAAUGGCGUGCCGAUAGCAGCAAAUCACACCUGUUAUAAGCCUGAGCCAGAGAAGUUCAGCCUGGUAGUAAAGAACCCAAGUGACAAGGAUUCUGGAAAUUACACCAUGGUUCUCGACAACUCUGUGUAUCAUAAGAGCAUCAGCUUCAUUUUGAAUGUCAAUGUUAAGCCAAAGAUUUACGAGAAGGAGACAGACUUUAACAUACCCAAACCACUGCUCUUGGGUGAACCCCACAACUUCCGCUGCACAACUUAUGGAAAUCCCCUUCCCCAAAUUCGCUGGGAGUUUCAACCAUGUCCUCCUUCAAGCACAGUGUGUACAGUAACCGAUGCCAUUCCAAGGAUUCCUGUGAUACCUGAGAUCUCACACACAAACCAGUCUAUUUCAGACACAAAUCCACUGAUAGAGGAAAGCAUUAUGGGGAAGAAUAAGCUUAUGAGCACACUGACUACCUCACGGCACAGCAAUCAGUCUGGAAUCUUUUUCUGCAUAGCUUCUAAUGUGAUGGGCAAAGACAAGAGAGCCAUGCACUUCAUCCUUUCAGACAUUAAACCUGAAGAUACAAUGAAGAAGACCCCAGUUCUGCAGGAAAGCGAUGCCAAGCUGGUGUGCAGGGCAGAAAGAUAUAUGUACACAGACCUUUCUUGGACCUUACCAGGUAAAGAAGAGAUUCCAUGUGCAGAAGAAGAGGUGCACAACCACAUGACCAUGAACACAUAUCAACAAUAUACCAUCAGCUGCUCACUGUUCCUGAAGAAUGUGACACAGGAACUUGCUGGAACUUUCAGAUGUUUGGCUACAAACCUUUAUACUGGGAUGCAGGAGGAGAAACAAGUCAUCAAUCUUGUGAUUAAAGAGAAGGAGGCUCCACAGGUUAUACAGGAGCUUGAGUCGAUGGUUGUAAACAGCAGUAGCACCCUGUUCCUGGAAUGUAGAGUCAAUGGAACGCCUACACCCACGAUUACCUGGCUGAAGAAUGGCUAUGUGAUUAAACCUGCUUCUGGCAUUAUGCAGUACAAUAGCACUCUGGUCAUUGAGAGGGUGAAGAAGGAGGAUGAAGGUGUAUAUAAGUGUGAAGCUGUAAACGAACUGGGGAAAGUCAGUACAUCUGCCUUCGUUACAGUACACGGUGCAGAGGAAAAAUCAAACAUUGAAGUGAUCAUCCUGGUCUGCACGGGGGUGGCAGCCACAUUGUUUUGGCUGCUUCUGACCUUAUUCAUACGCAAGCUGAAAAAGCCACAUGCCUCCGAAAUGAAGACUGGUUACCUCUCCAUUAUCAUGGACCCAGAUGAGAUGCCUCUGGAUGAGCAGUGUGAAAGGCUGCCCUAUGACAGCAGCAAGUGGGAAUUUCCCCGUGACAGGCUCAGUCUUGGUAAAACACUCGGCCAUGGUGCUUUCGGUAAGGUGGUGGAAGCGUCUGCUUUUGGCAUUGAUAAAUCCUCAACCUGCAAAACAGUUGCUGUUAAGAUGCUUAAAGAGUGUGCAACAAACAACGAACGUAAGGCUUUAAUGUCAGAGCUGAAGAUCCUUAUCCAUAUUGGCCAUCAUCUCAAUGUUGUUAAUUUAUUGGGAGCAUGUACCAAGCCUGGAGGCCCUUUAAUGGUUAUAGUGGAAUAUUGCAAGUAUGGAAAUUUGUCAAAUUACUUAAGAAGCAAACGUGGCGACUUUAUAGCAUAUAAGUAUCAAGAAGCAGAGAAAGCCUUGCAUGGCUCAAUCAGCGAUCUCUCUGAGCUCAUCAAGAGGCGCCUGGAAAGUGUUGCCAGCACUGGAAGCUCAGCUAGCUCUGGAUUCAUUGAAGAUAAAAGCUAUAGUGACUCAGAGGAGGAGGAUGAAGAUCAUGAAGAUGUCAGCAAGAGACUUCUAACCAUGGAGGAUCUCAUAUGCUACAGUUUCCAGGUUGCAAAAGGCAUGGAGUUUCUGGCAUCAAGAAAGUGUAUUCAUCGGGAUUUGGCAGCCAGGAAUAUCCUUCUGUCUGAAAAUAAUGUGGUGAAGAUCUGUGAUUUUGGCUUGGCCCGCGAUAUAUACAAAGAUCCGGACUAUGUACGCAAAGGAGAUGCACGGUUACCCCUUAAGUGGAUGGCACCUGAAGCUAUUUUUGAUAAAAUCUAUACAACACAGAGUGAUGUGUGGUCCUUUGGUGUUCUCUUAUGGGAGAUAUUUUCCCUCGGUGCUUCACCCUACCCAGGAGUGCAAAUUGAUGAAGAUUUCUGCUGUCGGCUGAAGGAAGGGACCCGAAUGAGAUCCCCAGAGUAUUGCAGUCCUGAAAUUUAUCAGACCAUGCUGGAUUGCUGGCAGGGAGAGCCAACUGACAGGCCCACCUUUACUGAUCUGGUGGAACGUCUAGGAGAUCUCCUUCAGGCCAGUGUUCAACAGGAGGGAAAGGACUAUAUUCCACUCAACAUGGCUUUGUGUCCUGAUGGAGAAACUAAGGCAAAAACUGGAAGCAAAGAACCAAGCCAAAGAGAUUCCCUCACACGAUGGAGCACACUGGAAACUGGGAACAACAACAAGAACCGACCACUGAGUGUGAAGACCUUUGACGAGGUGCCAGUGGGAAAGGACAACGUUCUCAAUGAGGAGAGUGAGUCUGACAGUGGCAUGGUCCUAUCCACCAUGGAAGUAAAGAGCCUAAAGCGACAAGAAACCCGGUCAUGGCCAUUUGGAAUUAUUGCCCACGCAAUGAAAGCCAUGAGUAAGAGCAAAGAAUCAGUGUUAGGAGAGAAUGACAGAAGCAUCUUUAAAUACCAGCCGCCUUCCCAUAUUGAAGAAGACCCAUUGGAUCUCACACUCGAAGAGCUUGUUCUUAUGCCAAUGGAUCUGAACCUGGAAUGCCACAGCCCGCCUCCAGAUUAUGACUCUGUUGUCAAUUAUUCAACCCCACCAGUUUAGGGAAACCAACUCUAUUGUUCAUUGCGUUUUCAUUGUGGAUCCAACCGGCAUCCCCCCCCCAAGUCCAACCGCACAUAGAAGAUAUUCAGACAUUCCUUGACUGGUCAAAUCCAAGACAUGAUCUGUUCCAAAGAAGAGAACAUUUGCAUGGGUCUUUCCUUGGUAAAGGAUAAUGGAUAAAAGCACAAUUAGUAAACUAAAUUCCUAUGGGGUUAAUGAAUAGCAAAGUAUUAUUUCAUGUCAAGGCUUCUGGUUUUAUAGUCAAAGUGAACUGCGGCGCUGAGGUUAUGGAUGAUGGAUUAAAUGCAAAUCACUAGCCUCAGGUAUUUUUUCUGGGCACCUUCCUGAAAAACCGUGUUAGGGCUCCUAACCCCCCCCCCCCCAGGAGGA